UGUGUGACGCAGAGGUCACGUGGUUGUUCUUUAGCCCAGUCUGACCAUGCUUUUACUAAGCAGUACAAUUUGAUCAUGUUAGUAGUGUAAAAUCUACCGGUAGAACAUUUACACCAAGUGAUCAUGUCGGAACUAAAGAUUAAUAAAAAAUUCGCUGAUAGAUACGACAAAUAUAGACAAAAAGAAGAGCUGCAGAAAUUAAAGGACCGUUAUGGAGAUCAGGAUGAUGAAGGUUCCUCAUCAUCCUCAGAUUCUGAAUCGGAUGAGAGUGAAGUGGAGUUUGAUCCCACACUUGAGAGAGAUUUUUACAGGACUCUGUCUCUUUUGAAGAAGAAAGACCCAAAGAUUUAUCAGUCGGAUGCACAGUUCUACACAGAGGAGGCAGGCAGCAAUGAGAAACCCUCCAGUUCUAAAAAGGCAGUAAAGCCAAUGUUCAUAAAGGACUACGAGCGCAAAGUCAUCUUGGAGAGAGGAGGAAAAUAUGACGAUGAUGAUGAUAGCGCUGAAGAAGAGGCUGCCAGGCAGAUGCAGGAGAGAGCUGUAUCUCCCAGCUACAUCCAGGAGCAGAAGGAGCUGAAAGAAAGCUUUCGUCAGUUUGUUCAGGACAGCUGUGACGAGACCAGUGAUGAUGAAGGGCUGCUGACACGCAGGAACAAAACACAAGAAGAGAAGGACAAAGAGGAGGCAGACUAUGUGGAGUGGCUGAAGGGACAGGCAGAGCUGGAGGGAAAGGAUGAGGUCCAGGAUAUGAAAUAUCUGAGAGAUUACUGGAAUGACCCACAGCUGGACGAAAAGGAGACUUUUCUGCGAGACUACAUCCUCAACAAAGGAUACCAGGAGGAAGAUGAGGAGGAAAGAAUUCCCACCUACAAUGAGCUCAUGCAGGAAGAUGUAGAAGACUCUGAGGAAGAAGGAGAAUCGUUCCUGCAGAAGCAAGAGGACUUUGAGAGGCACUACAAUUUCCGCUUUGAGGAACCCGGAGCUCAUCAAGUGAAAACUUACCCCCGCAAUAUUGCCACCUCUGUCCGAAGCAAAGAUGACAGGAGAAAGAAAAAGAGGGAGGAGGUGAAGGAAAGAAAGAAAAAAGAGAAGGAACAGAAGCAGCAGCAACUAAAGGAGCUGAAGAAUCUGAAGCGAUCCGAGAUCAUGGACAAGCUGAAGAAAUUGCAGGAACUGACUGGAAACAAGCAGCUGGCCUUCAGCGAGGUGGACUUGGAAGGUGACUUCGACCCUCAGCACCACGAUCAGCUCAUGCAGAAAUUUUUUGGUGAUGAGUACUACGAAGACAAUGAUGAGGAGAAACCUCAGUUUGAGGAUGAUGAUGAGGUGGAAGGACAUUGGAAUUGGGACACGUGGACAGGUGAAGAAGAGGAAGGCUAUGAAGAGGAUGAGGAGCAGGAGGAGGAGUAUGAAGGUGAACCGGAGAGCUAUGCACCUAGCUGUGAAGAUCCUGACUUCAUUAUGGAUGCAGAUUAUGACCCCAGUCAGCAGGCUGUGUCUAAGAAGAAAAAAAAGAAACAGAAGGAGUUGAGGAAGAAAAAGACAGGAGAUGAUCUCCCACUCAUGGGCAAAAAGAGAAAGAAGUCUCACUUUGCUGAAAUCAUCACGCAAAACAAACCAGUGUUCGAUCCACAGGAGAAAACAUUUGAACAGUACCUCAACGAAUACUACAAAUUAGACUACGAGGACAUCAUAGAUGACCUGCCCUGCAGAUUCCGCUACCGACAGGUCGUCGCUAACGACUUUGGCCUGACGACUGAUGAGAUCCUGGGAGCAGAUGAAAAAGAAUUGAAUCACUGGUGCUCACUGAAGAAAACCUGCAUGUACAGGUCAGAGAGGCAAGAGCUCUGUGAUGUGAAGAAUUAUCAAAUCAAAGCUAAAAACAUCCAGAAGAAGAAACGAGUGUUGGCUUCUAUGUAUUCUGAGAAUGAUGAACAACUUGGGGAGUCAAACGCUACGGUGAAAGUGGGUAAGAAGAGGAGGGAUCGCAUAAAGAAGACAGAGCUGGAGAGAGAAAAGAUAUCUGAGAAGGAGGAGGAACAGGAAGUAGAGAGUGAUCAGAAAGCAUCAGCUUCCAGCUCAUCAGAUAAUCCAACAUCUCACACUCUCAGAGACACGGCUGUGGAGGAAGAGGACGAUGCAGAGUUCCUGGUGCCUAAGAAAAAGAGGAAAGUUGAAAAGAUCAGAGAAGCCCAAAGGACUGAAAAGCCAAAAUGGCCAAAGAAGAAUAAUCGCCGCCCAGGCGGACGAGUGCUUUCCGGGGCUUUGAAGGUGAAAAUGGGUGGUUGGGAGUUCAGCAGACAGAGACUGAGAGCCUAUGGCCUGAAUCCAAAGAGGCUGCAUUUCAGGGAAUUUUACAGGCAGAAAACAAAAGAGCGAGAACAGAAAGAAAAGAAGGAAAAGCUGAAAAACAAAGGGAAAGAAUGAUGCAUUCCUAAAUCUUAAACUGUAGUGAGGGAACAAUCGAUUGUCUUUGAUGCCAUCAGAUGGAGCACUUGCUUAAGUAAGGCAAGGAUGUGUCACUGUUUAAUAUUUAACAGGAGUUUACAAGGAGCAAGUCUGUUAAAUUAGGAUGGCUCAUAUUAACCCUUUGUUUUAAUAUAUUAAAAUAUAUCUUUUUUCUAUUUUAAA